AAGCAGAAACUUUUGUCUGCAGUGAAGGAGACGCAAGUUAAAUUCUUGUCACCAGUUGACACAGACUAUAAGGCAUUGGUGGCUGAGAAUUAUGAUAAUUUUGUAGUACAACCUGGAACAGAACUUUCCUCAGAACUUCAUACCAGGUUACAGCAGGGAUUUGAGACUUUACUUACCAAUGGUUACCUCUACCAGCAUAGAAUCCGAUUCCGAAAUAAAACUGUGAUGACCCCAGUGUCUCGAACUCUGAUCGGUGAACCGGGCAUGACGUACAGAUAUUUGAAUUUACGAUUAUUUGCGCUACCAUGGACGUUUGAUGAUAAAAAAAAACUCAGUGAUGUGGAAAAAGCGUGCAAUGCUUUCUAUGAAUUAAACACUUAUUUCAAAGACCAUGUGAAUAAAUUAAUAACUGAGAAAUUUGCUUCAUCUACUGGUAGGAAAAUUGAUGAAACAGACGAUAGUUUAAAAACAAUAAUUCAAAGAAAUACUGAAUUUAAAGCGACCAUACUGAACUAUAUGGACCCAAGUGAGAUUAGAUUAAAACAAGAACCGUACUAUAAUAUGGGGGAUAUAGCAGUCAGUUGGCACAAGGAUGAGAGUCUAGUAGAUGGGUCCACGGUUGCCGUUUACAAUCAUGUACCCAUGGAAGCAAGGCAAGAUUGCAGCAAGUGGAAAGUUGGACUGAAAGUGGCAUGGGACAUCACAACACCAGCUGUCUGCACCCCAUUGAACAAUAAGGAUUGUUAUUAUAUGUUAGAUACUAUGAAUGAUACACAUCAACAUUGUGUGAUUGCAGGAACUCUACCGAGAUAUAGCUCUACUCAUAGAGUAGUGGAGAGUUCUGACAGUACACUAUGUUAUAUUCAACAAAGAUGCCAGACUGCGCUUGAUAACAUUGGCUACAAAGAUCAAAUACCUUACUUGAAAUCUCUGGAAACUGACGUACUUCAGCUGAUUGAAGAAAUACACAGUGAGAUUGAGUUUGAAUGGUUACGGCAAUUCUGGAUGCAAGGCACUCAACAUUCUCAAGAAAGACAGUAUUGGUUGAAACCAAUGGAACAAUUACAGGAAGAUUGGAAGACAAUGGAACUUAUGACAAAGCUGAUGAUAGACAUUGUAGUCAAGAAAAAAGACCAGUCACAUAUGAUUGCCAAGAUACUGUUGCCUUCUUUGGUGGAGAGAAAUGAACUUAGGAACGAAUGGAUGAAUAGAUACAGCGAGAAAGAAUUCUAUCAUAUUCCAGAGGAACACAGACCAAUAUAUGAACCAUGUUGGACUGAUGCCAAUUCUGAAAUGCCUUUGCCAUUUGACCUAUCUCAACACAUAGACAUCAUACAGGAGUGCAUGGAUACAAACGAUUCUCAGUAAAGAGCGCGGGGACAAUGGCAAUGUAACCCUGUAAUCAAACUCAACAGAAUAUAUAUAAUAUUUUUUUUAUUCAUUAUUAAAAGUAUACAUUUUCAAUUUUAUUUGAUUAUGUACUCUACAAGCGUAUUUGUUACUCUGCUCUCGUAAAGAUUUGUAUACAUACACCAUAACAUGUGUAAAUAAUUUUACUAAAUGUUAAUUUUUAAAGAUUCAUAUUUCCAUUAUUAAUGUAUUGAUAUAGAAAGAAUAAAUGAUUACUG